UCUCUCAAAAUCUCUCAGGGCUAUUUCCGUCAUUAAAAGAAAGAGUGGCAUUCUCGUAAUAUGGGCCCUUCUCUCACUCUCGUUCUUCUCUUCUUCUUCCACACAGUCUCCUCCUCUUCCGACAUCCAACCGUUCCUUCUCAGCCCCGACGAGCAGGAAUCGGCAUACCUCGUCCUCGAGUCGUUCAACUCGGCGAUUGAUUGGCGAUCCCUCUUCCCCGAUGACCUCUGCCUCUCCGCUCCCCAUGGCGUCGUCUGCGAUUUUUUCCCCGAUGAAAACGAAGGUCGGGCCCACAUUACCGAGCUCAGCUUCGGCUACAUAUCUGACUACUCCUCCAACCCACCCUGCGGGCCAAAUCCCCAUUUUACCCCUCGCAUUUCCUCUCUUCCUUUCCUCCGGAAGCUUUUCUUCUACAAAUGUUUCACCGAUCAGAACAUCUCCCUCCCGGGGUAUUUCUGGAAUUCUUCUUCCCUACAAGAGCUCGUUUUCAUGGAAAACCCAUCUCUAGUUGGAAGCCUCGAUGGCAAUAUCAGUAAUUUCGACCGGCUUCAGAGGCUUGUUCUGUCGGGAACAGGGAUUUCCGGAAAUAUCCCUGACUCGAUCGGGGAAUUACAGGAACUCGAACAGCUCGUCAUUUCGAGGAGCCAUUUCAGCGGAUGGAUUCCAUCAACGUUAGGGAAGCUGCAGAAGCUGAAAAUCCUCGAUCUCAGCUACAACCGAUUAGAGGGGAAUCUCCCGCCAGAAAUCGGAGGGAUCCCGGAACUCUUAAAACUCGAUCUGGGUUUCAAUCAAAUCGCUGGGGAAAUCCCAAAUCGGCUGGUGGAGCUGCAGAGAUUGGAGUUCUUGGACCUGAGCUACAACCGCUUCGGGAACUUCGGCAUUCCGCUCUUUCUAUCAGAGAUGCCGCAGUUGAAGGAGGUGUAUUUGAGUGGGAACGCUCUGGGAGGGCAGAUUCCAGAAAUAUGGGAGAAGCUAGGGGGCAUUUUGGGAAUUGGAUUAUCGAGUCUGGGGCUGGUUGGUAAUAUCCCAGCUUCAAUGGGGGUAUAUUUAAGAAAUGUGUCUUAUCUGGGGUUAGAUAAUAACAUGCUGGAAGGGAAGGUGCCUAAGGAGUUUGGAUUGUUAAAGAAUGUGAAGGAGAUGAAUUUAGAGAACAAUCGAUUAAGCGGAGAAAUCCCAUUUUCCGCUAAUUUCUCCGCUAAAGUUGGAGGGAAGCUGAAAUUAGAGGGGAAUCUGCGUCUUUGUGUGGAUUCGGGUAUGAGCAGAGGGCAUUUUGGGGAUUUUAGUGCUUGCGAGAAGAAAAAGGCGAUUCCGAAUGCUGCACUGGUGUUCAUCUCUGAGGGGUUUGUUCGAAAACCCUCUUUUCUGUUGAUUUUUGUUUUUAUUUUAUUUCUUUUUUAAAUAGUGGGGUUUGAAAAGAAAAAGAUACUAAAAGAAAAGAGUAGCGAGUCAUGGAAAAACGAAGUUUAUACAUUUUCAUUUUGUUAUUCUUCUUCUUCUUCCUUUUUCUUUUGAGUUUUAGAGGGGUUUUUUUUGGUAAAUCUGUAAAUUGCAGUUUAUUACUUGGAAAUAUAGUCAGUUUUUCUGAGGCA